GCUUGUAAUCAGUGAAUGAUUGCUGCUAACUUAAAUUUAGAAAGAGACAAAUAUAAGGAUUUGUUGAAGAGUAUAAAAGAUGAAUCAAUGUAACUAGCUAUAAGACAUCAAAGUAAUUCAUAGUAUGUUUUGGAGAAAAAGAGAAAAUUAAAAAUGGAUUCUGAGCAUAAGAUGAUGUUGGCUCUUCCUAGCAUAGAGAAUAGUUCUUUAGAAGAUAUUUCGUCUCAUUUCCAUUCUAUACGUAGAAGUCAACCAGGAGGAUUUUGUGAAUUAAUAGCAAAUAAAUCUUAAUAAAAGUUUAUUUAGCAAAGCUUUCUUGAAUUAUAAAGAAACAAAAUGUCUUAGACAUAUAGAGAUAUAAGUUUAAAUGAAAGAAAAUUUAAAUCCUUAUAACGUAAAGUUCCCCAUAGAGAACCAUUGACUUUAAAAUAUUUAGAAAAACAAUUAGGAAUAGUAAAAACACCAGAAAAAUAAAUAUUGCCAACAGUUUCAAAACAAUAGUAAUAAAAGAGAAAAAUAACAGAAGAAGACAUUCAAGAAGAAUAACCAAUUGUUUCAUUUUUUGAAGAGACAUUGAAUUCGUAUUCAUAUGCUGUUCCUAGUAGAAGAGAAUCAGCUUAAAUAGGAGUAGUUAGAGAUAGAAUGUAUGUUUUUGGAGGGAUGAGCGGAGGAGGAAUAACAAAUGAAAUUUGGUGGUUUGAUUUAAGUAUAUAUAUAUAUAAAGAAAUUAGAAAAACAAGAAUGGAGUAAUUAUUGUUCAAAUGUAUAAUUAUUUAUAACGAGUCAUUCAAUGGUAGUUUGGAGACAAUUCUUAGUUUUAUUUGGAGGAUCAGGUUAUUAUGAUCAUAAAAUGAAAAUUAGAUAAGUAUAUUCUACUAUUGGAUUAUUCAAUACUUUAACUAAUUAGUGGGUAACUUCAUUGGAAUCAGUAGAACCUCGAAGAGAACAUAAAGCAUCAAUCCUUUUUGGAAAAUUGAUGAUAAUAACUGGUGGUUUAGAUUCAGCUGAGAAAUUACUAAACGAUACAUUAAUUUAUUCAUUAGAAUCAAAAAGAUGGAGUGGUUAGAAAUUGUUAUUUGAAGAAGGUAUAGCAUAACAUGCUCAAUGUACAGCAUAUGAUAAUAAAAAAAAUAUAGAAACUGUUUAUAUAUUUGGUGGAUAAACUGCUAAAUUAUCUUCAUUUCCUUUAAUGAAAAUGGUAUUUUUUGGACUUCAUCCAAUUGGUUGGGAGAAAGUACAAUAUUCAGGUUAAGCACCAGAAGGUCGAUAUAAUCAUACUAUGGAAUAUGUUGGAGAUUAUUUAAUUUUAAUAGGAGGUCGUUCUUAAGAAAAAAGAGAGUAUUAAAAUGAGAUUUUUAUUUUUAAUCUUUAAAAAAGUUAUUGGACCUUAGCUCAAAGAUAAGGAUUACAAACUAAACGAUGGAGUCAUUCAAGUUGUACAUAUGGUAGUUAUAUUUUAUGUUUUGGAGGAAUAGGUGAAAAUACUUAUUUACCUCCUCAUAUUUAUUAAAUAGAAACUGAUAAAUUCAAAAUCACUGGCAAAAUUGUUGUAGUUAAGCCUUUAGCUACAAUUAAUGAAGAAAUGACUAUUAAUAAUCCUCCUAUGAUAAUUACUAGAGAAUAAGAUUAAGAUUCUAAGAAAAUUUGUAGAUUAGAAAAAUUUAGAAAAGCUAGAAAAAUGUAUGAAUAAAUUACAACCUACUUACCAUUGCCAAAAUUAAAAACACCUAAAAUGAGAUACGAUAUCUUAAUUCAUUUUGUUAAGAACGUACUAAAAUAAAUUGGUUACAUCUGA